UGUGUGACUUGCAAUUUAGCACGGAAACGCAGCUCGACCAGCCAUCAAAAUUUCUCUCUGCGGGGCGUCUUUUUUUCUUUGACUGGAAACUCUAUCGCAGCCAUCAUGGGUCGUCAUUGUCAGCUUGUUAUGGGGCCAGCCGGAAGUGGCAAAUCUACCUUUUGCGCCACUAUGAUGACACACUGCCAGGCUACGGGACGCAAAGUUCAUUUGGUGAAUCUCGAUCCUGCUGCGGAAAACUUUGAAUAUGAACCAACGAUCGAUAUUCGAGAGUUGAUUACUCUGGAAGAUGUCAUGGAAGAGUUGGACUAUGGUCCAAACGGUGGAUUGAUUUAUUGCCUUGAGUUCCUGCUCAACAAUAUUGACUGGUUGGAAGAAGAGAUCGGCACUUACGAAGACGAUUAUUUGAUCAUUGACUGUCCUGGACAAAUCGAACUGUAUACACAUUUCCCAAUUAUGCGAAGGAUUUGCGAGUGUUUGGGUCGAUGGAACAUGAAUAUCUGUGGCGUCUAUUGUUUGGAAUCCCAGUUUAUCGAGGAUAAAAGCAAAUACUUCUCCGGAGUCCUGAGUGCCAUGAGUGCCAUGGUGAAUCUGGAAAUUCCCCAUAUUAAUGUGAUGACCAAGAUGGAUCUGAUACAAGGCGAUUAUGGUAACAAGCGAGACGACAGCGACGACGUUGACGAAGAUGAAAGUGAAAAGAAGAAACGUCAACGACGAAGACGAAGACGUAUGGAGAAGGCAAUGAAUGACCGCGAAAUAGAACGGUAUUUGGAACCGGAUCCGCUUCUCAUGGCUGAAGAAGCCGGUCAAACAUCUGAACAAGCACCCAGCGCAAGAGCUCUGAAAUUCCAAGCAUUAAAUCAAGCCAUUGUGCAGUUGAUUGACGAUUACAGUAUGGUGAGUUUUAUACCUCUUAACAUUACGGAUGAAGACUCGGUGGAAUAUGUGCUUUCAAGUAUCGAUCAUGCGAUGCAAUAUGGAGAAGAUCUUGAACCCAAGGUAGGACAAAGAAAAAGGGCCAAGGAUCAUUCCUUAAUAACGUUGUCAUUUAUGCAUUAACGUGUUGAACUUGUCUUUUUGUCUGUUUCAGGAACCCGAUGAUAU